CUUUGGGCGGGAGUUAAGACUCGUUCAGGAACGUUUCCUAUCACUAGGGUAAUAAUCCAGAUCCGCCACUUAAAAAAAAGGUUGGCGAUAUUAUUGAAUCAGAUAGUUCUACCGAAUCGAGUGCCCUCGAAUUAUUUUUCUUGCUGCCUAAAUUAAUCUUGGCUAUACUGAGAUUGCAGUUAUUAUUACCUCCAGUCUCGCCCGCCAGCUUACGGAAGAAUAGCAACGAAUACGAUCCCCCUUACGAGGUAGUUAUUGGGGGGUAAGACUUUCAGCAGUCCAACCGAAUACCACCCCCUGUUGCCCGCAUGGCAGACGCGGAAUCGAAAAAGAAGCUCCGUUCUCGAAAAUCCCACCGUAAAUCUCGCUUGGGAUGUAAGAAUUGUAAGAGACGACGACUAAAGUGCGAUGAAAAUAAACCUGCAUGCUCCAAUUGCAUAGCACAUGCCAUCGACUGUGACUUCUCUCUCCCGUCGCCGGGCACCGACUCGAGCUCAUCUACUCAUCCAAUCCGUUUCAAACAAUCUAGAUUCCAGUCUCUGGUUUGCUCAUCAUCUGGCUCUAUGGAACGGAAGGAAGCCAGCUCGAAAUGUGCCUCGGUGCAAUGCGACCUAUGGACGAGUGACAGCAGAACUGGAAAUAUCUCACUAGCAGACCUUGGUCUUUAUCACCAUUUUAUCACAUCGACCUGUCGGACUAUUCGCUAUGAACCGACAGACAAACACGCGCUGUACCUGAUUCAUGUUCCACGAUGGGGCCUGGCAUUCCCCUCGAUCUUACAUCUCAUACUAGCUCUUUCAGCGUUGCAUCUCGGCCACAAAAAUCCCCAUCUGCUGUUUGAGUAUCAAGCGCAAGCUGACGACCAUUUCACCUUCGGCGUGCGCUCCGUUACGGCCGUCCUGUCCCAAUUGGAUUCUGGGAAUUGCCAAAAGAUCUACGUCGCGGCAAUGCUGAUAUGCCUAGUUUACUUCGGCCGUGGCCCACGACGAGGUGAAUAUCUAGUCUUCAGUGAGCGGGGAUCAUCUGAAUGGCUUGUUCUUAUGCGCGGCGUGCGCGCGAUACUCGUCUCUGAGCAUGAUAGGAUAUUUACUGGAGUUCUAGAACCUGAGGAUGAGGGAACCCCAGACGAAGUGAUAUCUACUCUACUACCAGAGUUAACUCAGCACCAGAAACAGAUCGACAUGAUCAGACGAUUACUAAAUGAGAGCAUUAUCGAUCGAAAUGUACUGUCAGCGUAUAUGGCUGCAGUCGACGAUUUAUUAAAUUCCCUAGAAGAAGUGUUCAGAAUGCGCAGCGCUGGCAGAGACGGACUCUGUCUAAUGGCUGCAACUUUCGGAUGGAUAUAUCGGUUACCGGAGCAAUUCAUCCAGCUACUCGAAGCUAAGGACACUUAUGCACUCAUCAUUCUUGCUCACUGGAGCGUCCUGCUCAAAUAUAUGGAGGCUUCGUGGCUGAUGACUGGGUGGCACAGCCACGUCGUAUCAGGAGUUGUGUCAUCCUUGGAUCCUGAUUUCCAUAGUUGGAUUGAGUGGCCUGUCAAUUUCGUUCAUACAUAAUAGCUGCUUGCAUAUUUUUAGGUAUAGUUCAUGGACUACGAGUCACAUGGCGUUGUGGAUAGAUUUAAUAAAUUUCUUCCUCGGAAUCUGAAUCUGCCAUACGUUCAAUCUCCAGUUGCUUGGGACCCGGAGAAUAACUAAGAUGACAUCGAAACCAGCCAUAU